AUGAGUACAACAUCAGAUACAUAUGCUUGUGGUGCAUGUACCUAUAUUCAAUCUAUAAAACGACCAACAUGUGAAAUGUGUGAGACGCCUAAUCCAAAUUUUGUUAAUCCAAACCAUGAAUCAGAAGCAGGAGCAACUGCAGGAGCAGCGCUGUUUGAUUCUCAAAAAGGCGAUCAAGUAAUUGACUGUAUCCAAUGUGGUUAUAUUAAUAUUGGUAGUCAUAUGCAAAUUUGCCAAGGCUGUGGACAGAGUCUUUAUAAUUUCCGUGGUUUAUUUACAAAUUUUAAUAUGGAUCUUGACAAUCGAUAUCCUAAUGAUGAAUCUGAUGACAAUAAAUCUAAUGAUGAUGAUGAUGAUGAUGAUCAGGAUGUUAUAAUGGUAGAUAAUACUGAAGAGUCACAAAAGAAAGGUCCAUCAGGAAAAGCAGCUGCUGCUGUAGAAAAAGGAAUGGAUGAUAAGCAAUUAGUACCCUAUAUGAAUCGAUAUUUAUUGAUAUUGAGAGAACAACAACAACAACAAAGUCAAUCAUUUACAUUAGAUUAUUUAAAUGAGUGUAUGACUGAACUUUUUAAUACACUUGAAUAUAAAAAUGAUGAAUCAGAUGGUCAAUUAACUUUUCCUGCUUGUCAAAUUUGUUGUGAUGAAGAUGCACCAAUGAUUACGAUGAAAGCUUGUGGUCAUCGUGUAGUUUGUACCAGUGAUUUUAAUCGAUAUUUAUCAGUACGUAUUCGUGAUGGAGAUAUCCUUCCAUGGAUUCCAUGUCCAGCUGAAACAUGUUUUGUUCCAUGUCAUGUAGACAAUAUUACUCAAGAUGGUAAUUUAACAUAUUCUGAACUAUUAUCAUUCAUCACAACAUUUAUGUUAAAAAAAUUAUCUCGUAAUGAAAAUUUUAUUACAUGUAUUAAAUGUGAAAAAGGUGGUUUUCUUCAAAUGGGUCCACCAAAAAAACAACAAGUUACAUGUCCUAUAUGUCAUGAAAAACAAAUAAUUGAAAAAGGUGUCGAUGGUGCUCUUGAUCCUGCUUUUAAAAAAAUGAUUCAAUCAGGAGAAUUACGUGAAUGUCCAACAUGUCGUCAUUUAACUUUAAAAGAAAAAGGUGUAUGUAAUGUAAUUGAGUGUGCUAAAUGUGGAAUAUGGUGGAAUUGGAGAACUAAAGAACAAGGACAUAAUGGCAGAGAUUUAAAACAACGUGCCCGAAUGAAUGGAACACUUUGGGAAGCUGGUGAACUUCGAUAUCAACAAGAAUUAGAAGCACGAAAUCCAAAAGAAUUCAAAGCUCUAUUAGAACGAAAUGGAAUUAAAUAUGAUCCAAAUUAUAUAAGAGGCGGUUGGCUUGAUCAAUAA